UGGGAGUAUCAGGGGGCCGCGCCCAGCUGGGUCUGGACGGGCGGGCGCUGAGCUUCCUGAGCGCGGCGGGGCCUCGCGCCGGGAUCCUCCGGCGGCUGCAGCGGCCGGGGCCGGGGCCGGGAGCAGGCCAUGCUGGGCCGGCGGCGCGCCUUCGCCGUGGACGGCCGGGAUGGGGCUGGCGAGGGCCUGGCACGGGGCUGCAUAGUGCCUGGAGUCACCAGCACCUACAGACGGAUCCCAGACACUGCCCACUGGUGCUCAUCCUGGGAGAGAGGUGACAAGCUCAGUGGUGUCGGCAGGGAGGCACAGUUUCUCAAACUGGCCUCCCGGGACUCAGGAGUGGAGAUGGCAGUUGGGGACAGCCCCCUGGCCGCCCUACCGGGCCUUUCUCAGGACUCCCUGGACUUUGAACCCUCAGGGAGUCCUGAGCCCCUGGCCCAGGUAGGCGGGCUCCCGGCCAGCCAGAAGCUGGAGCAGGUGCUGGAGCGGUCCCACCGGCUCCCAGCAGCUCCCGCCGGCUUAUCAGGACACCGCCCCCUGCAGCCGCCAAGCAAGCCAGAGCGUGAAGUGCCCCUUUUUGGAGCAGGAGAACAGGAGUCUACGGAGGCAGACACGGACCUAGAGUCAGGCCUGGAAGAAGAGGCGGUGGGGGGCCUGGGGCCUGGAGCCUGGGCCUGCCUCCCCGGGCAGGGUCUUCGAUAUCUCGAACACCUGUGUCUGGUGCUGGAGCAGAUGGCGAGGCUCCAGCAGCUCUAUCUGCAGCUUCGGAUCCAGAGGCUCCCAGGGGAUCCCGACGGGGAGGAGUUGGCCCGAGCCGCUUUACCGUCCCUCUUACACACCCAAGGCAAUGGGGGGCAGGGGCCAUGGGAGCUGCUAAGCCAGACAGAGCAGACAGGGGCAAAGGCUGCUUCACCCCCAAAGGUGGAGGUGCCCAGUGCCAACCCUCCCAGGCUGCCAGAAGCCCCAGUGGAGCCAAUGUACCACUUGCCGUCUUCCCAGGGAUACAAGCGGGAUAUCUCCCACUGGGACAAGGUCAAGGUCCUGCUCAACCGGAUCUGCCGGAGAAGCCACCACCACCCUGAGCCCCCUGCCCCUCCUGAUGGCUCUGGCCCCAGGAUCGAGUCCAGGGACCUCCCUGAAACGCCUCAGUGCCACCCCCACCAGAAGACCUUUAUGCCGUCAUUAGUGGUUAAGAAGCAACGAGCAAAAAACCUUUCUGUAUGAUGAGACCUCUCGGUGCACCUGGUUACCCUGGGUGGAGGGGACUUGAUGCGAAGUCUUCCUCGCCCUUUGCCCUGUUGCUGCUUCUCUGCACUGCCAGGAAAAGCUGCUGAUGGCUGCCCUCCUCUCUGAGUCGAGGGCUGAAUCUUUGUCCUCUAAGCAGUCUGGUCAGGAGCUCUGGUUUCUUGUGACGCUCCUAAGAUGCAGCAGCUGCAGGGCCCCUCCUCCUCACCAGGAAUCUCUGGGUUUCCACAAUGUGAACUCACUCAUGAUCAGAUGUCUGUGGAGUGUUUUUGGCACGGUGACUUGUCUGGGCCCAGCAUGUUGCAGAUGUGUAUUUAUGCACAAUGGUAUGCAUAUCUCUGUGUGACUGUCAGUGUUAUAAGCUGGUUGGAUCCUACCAUCUCUUCUGAUACAAUACAUCCAAAGGGUUGAUAAUAUGGGCAAGGUCACUGCAGAAGGAUGGAACUGACCUUUAUUCCCCAGUGGGCAGUUACUGAGCUUUCCUCCUCAGAGCCAGGCAUCCCUGGGACAGAGAACAGUGUGGCCUUGGCUGCCUCUGCAUGGAGUCACCCAGGACCCCUGAAGACUGCACCAGGAAUGAGGAAGAUCAGGAGCAACAUGGGAACAGAAGAAUAACUUUCAAAACCAGUGCUCAGCUUUUCUGCUCCGUACGAGCGUUUACUGGUCCUAACUCAAACCAGGUGACUGUACUAGUUCUUAGACCCUAAGUUAACCUUUCUGAGCCAUAGCUUCCAGCUGGGAACAAUGAUGCCUGCCCUACCUACCUCACAGACUUGUUAUGAGGAUAAAGUGAGAUUAAACUGCCUCAAAGUAC